AUGCAUCUGCCAUCACCGCCGUCCAAUCGCCGCCUUUGGGGUUCGUAGUCUACGUGGCGCGAUCAGGUCUCUGUACUCUCCACCCGGGAAGGAAGAUCGACGACGUCAUCUCCUCCAGCUUUCCUCCACUCCAUCGGCUUCCCAUGAUCCCAUCCCGCUCGAUGCCCUACCCGCCCACGGCCCCCAAUUCCAGCAGCAAAUGCUCACCGUGAAUCAGAAGCCUACGAAUCAGAGAGGCCGAAUCGAGAAUCCCGCUCUCUCGCCGAAAGGUCUUCGUUCUCUGUGAUCGUGACUGGUAUGCGAUCGACCGCGUAGCGGGACACUGUGUUUUGUGCAAGAUUCGAUUUUUGAAGCCUUUGGGUAUGAAGCGCAAGAUGUCGAGCCGAGAAGUCAGGAAGGUUUCCCGUCAGGAUAUACAAUUAGUUCAGAAUCUUAUUGAACGAUGCCUUCAACUACACAUGAAACAGAAAGAAGUAGUGGACACUUUGUCUCUCCAAGCAAAGAUAGAGCCUAGUUUCACUGAACUUGUCUGGCAAAAGCUUGAGGAGGAGAACCAAGAGUUUUUCAAAGCAUAUCAUCUUAGACUGAUCCUUAAAAACCAAAUAAUUGUCUUCAAUAACCUUCUUGAGAAACAGGUUGAGCUUAUGCGGAAAGCAUGCCUUCCAGGAGAUGCUGCCUUACCCUUUACCAAUGGCUCUAAUUCUCUAGCUUCUCAUCAAACUCCAUCGUGCUAUUUGUCUCAACCUACAUCCACUUCUUCAAGGCCAGAUUCCAUGCCUUUCAAUGGCGAUUUUUCAAGUGCUCUUGUAAAUGCUGGGCCUUUGGGGCAACCUGAAAACUGUCUGGGCAAUGCUCCAUCAAUUCUCGUUGGGAGCAUGAAUGCAUCUACAAGUGUGUUUUCGUCACAUAAAGAUCGCAUUGGGAGGAUUCCAGGAAUGAAUGGGAUGACAUUAAAGCCAGAGCCAAUCUAUUCAAUUGAUGAAUUUCCCUUUGGUAAUGAUAAUGGCAUCUUCGAACCACAACCACUCGCAGAUGCUUCAGUUGGAUCCUUUAGUAGCUCAGAGUUGACUGAACAGCAUAUACACAAUUCUCUCCUCGAUGUGGAUACAUCUUCACUUGGGUUUAGUCAGAUGCCCAGAAACUUCAGCUUUUUAGAUCUAACAGAUGUCUUCAAUAAUUGCGCUGAUAUAUUAGAGAAUUACUCAACGUCUCCUUAUAUUCCAGCCGAUUCAAAUAAUUUUUCAAGUUCUCCAUCAAGGGAAUUUAAAGAAGACUCCGGUGGGCUCGACACCAAAUCUGAAGGAGUCAAUUUUGAGGACUUUUUUUAACUGACUGACCGAAUGCCAUGUGCCAUCGUCCAAGUCUUCAGGCAUCAUUGAAGUUGUCUAGCUCGAAUGCCUCCGCCGCUAAAUGCAUCGUACUCUUUGCUGCUGCUGCUACUUGAAGAAUCCUUCAAACAUAUCUAUGUAUAUAAGACACUUUCUAUUAUCAAUGCAUAAACGUUUUCUAUUA